AUGUUCAAGGUCAAGCUCUUCUGCGAUAGAGACUCUCUCAAACCACGGCAAGAAGUCGAGUGCUCGGACGAGGCUCUGAGCUGCUCCACUACCCCUGACUCCUCCCUGGACCCGACGGUCAACCCGGAUGGCCUCCGCCAUGCUCACAAACGCGGCCCCAAGGGACUUGUGAACCAGAGCAGCCGGCGAGACUUCUCGGAGCUCCCCUUCGAUGACUCGGCGGCAGCUGAGUGCCUGCUGGACCUCAGCAGCAGCGAGCAGGACAUGAGCGACAGCGAACAAGAGGCUGGCAGGCAGGGGGAGUUGUGGCUGCCGGAGGGAGGGCUGUACGAGGCCCUUUAUAACGGCAUCACGACGCAGAGCUCGGUAGAGUACAUGAAGGAUGCAUGA